ACAGAACCUUCUUAGGAGCUACCAGCCAAAAUAAUUGAAAUUGAAAGUUCACUCUUUUAUCAACUUCCUCCGCAAAGAUUUUCUCAACAUUUUUUGUUGUCAAUUUUUUUUAAAUAAAAAUUCCCCCUGAAAAAUCAGCAAACCAAAACAAUUGAAAUUGAAAGUUCUCUCUUUUAUCAAAUUCCUCUGCAAAUAUUUUCGCAGGUUCUUCUCUGUUCCGUCAGCUCUCCAACUGAACCGCAGAAUGGGAUUCGUCAUCACCUUCACCUUGGAUUGGGGCUUUUUUUACAUUGAGCCCAGUUCCCUCCCUCCAUUUGUUUCCGUGUGGAAGUUCCCCUCCUCUGUUCGUUCUCUGGCGACGAGACCUUAGUUUCCUCCGACGGGACCUUCUCUUUGGACUUUCUCCUGUGAAACAUGAGAAAGUCAUACAACAAAUCUUUCCUUUUUCUCUUUUUCAUCCUCUGUUUGCUCUCUCUUUCUGUUUCUAGAGACACCCUAACCCCAAAUCAGCUCCUCUUUGACAAUGAAACCUUAGUUUCCUUUGACGGGACCUUCUCUUUGGGCUUCUUUUCCCCCACCAACUCAAAAAACAACUGGUACAUCGGUAUAUGGUACACAAGAAUCCCGGGGCAGAGGGUCAUAUGGGUUGGGAACCGUCAAAAUCCAGUAUCAGGUCCUACGGCAGUCCUAAUGUUAACAUCCAAUGGAAGUCUCCUCAUAACUGAUGGGAACUCUAAAGUCUUCUGGUCCUCGCUGUCGAUGAUGGCUGUCGGAAAACCUGCGGCGCAACUCUUGGACACUGGCAAUUUUGUUGUCGGGGAUUCUCAGAUAACGGAUUCCAAUAGUUUCGCAUGGCAAAGUUUCGAUUAUCCGACCGAUACUCUUAUACCAGGCAUGAAGCUAGGUUGGAACCUAACAAGUGGACUCAACCGUAACCUGACAGCAUGGUCUAGCUCAACCGAUCCAUCCCCUGGUAACUACACCCUAGCCUUGGACCUCCGCGGUGAUCCCCAAUUCAUAUUUUGGAAUGGCCAUAUUCUGCAAUGGCGGUCCGGCCCCUGGACUGGGCCAAUGCGAUGGGUAUGCUGCUUGUGGCCCAUAUGGUUCGUGUGA